CUCAAGUGUGGCUUAGUUUCUAUUCGAAACGACCAUCAUCGAUUUUACCGACUCAAUUCAAUUUACAACACAUCUCAUCCAUCGCAAGAUGCUCCGCCAACAUACACGCAUACCCCGAAUAUCGGGGUCAGUGGAACCCUCACUGGCCCCGCGGCUUGUCCCAAUCAGCACUCGCCGACCAUGUCGCCGUCCGUUCACCCAAAAGCCCGCUCUUCAAACCCUCUCCACCCCGCGAAGUCGACCUCAGCUAUCCUUUCUCUCCCCAUCGCCUAUCAAUCGAGCUCUUCCACCUCUACUUCAAAAGGCGCAUGUCGCGUGUCCUACGAUUUAGUCUGUCGUUCGGCGCGAUUCUCAUCCUGUAUGAGAUUAUCAAGAUUGGGGUAUAUCAGGAAGAGCUCGAGCAUAAGUGGCCCACGCCGCCGGAAUGGUCGUGGAAGAGUCGAUGGUGUCUCCGGGCGGCUGCGGCAUGGCAGCACCCGGAGGAGAUUGGAAAGUUACUGAGUGAUUGGCCGAUGGUGGCGGGCUAUUUGAGGGAGUUGCUGAUGCGCUUGGAGGAUGUGGAAAUUGAUGGGAAGGGUAUCGUUGAGCAGGAGGAUGGCGGAAUCUUCAUCGAGGGUGUCGGAAGAACGGGCUACGAUGUCACAGCAAAGAGUGAACCGUGGAGACGGGGUUACUUUCAAGCUCUCAUGGGGGCCGCCAAGGCAGCAGAGAAUCUUGAGGGGUGGUUGACUGAUCGUGUACAGCGCGUCUCAGCACCGGCAGAGUACUUUGUUGGUCCGUCGAAUCCUCGCCCUAAGCCAGUGCCAAAGAAGCAAAAGGUACCGCUUGAGGAAAACUCCGAGCCCGCGUCGCCCAGUCCAGAGGUGUUCUAUAUGAAGAUCCUGACUACCCGUGGCUUUGAUACAAGGCAAAAGGUCCAGGCAGCUCUCGCAUAUGCAGACUAUCUGGAUUACAAAGGACUCCAGAGCACUGCAGCCGACAUGUAUACAUGGGCAAUGGAUAUCGCGGCCGCAGGAUUCCCAGUUGAUGCUGCGAGUGUGGUCGACGUGAAGACAGGAGUGAUCCAGAAUGACGCAAAGGUCGCGCCGUCCGAGAACAUCCUCCGUGUGUCCACAGCACUGGCAGUCCAUCACGCCAAAUUUGGGAACCUUCCCACAGCCCUAUCAAUCUUCACCUCUGUCCUGAAAGCCCGCCGUGCGCUCCCACCAGCCCCUCCCGGUGCGCUUCUCCCCCCUCCGCCUGCGUUCCCGAAACGGACCAGCGAUCCCAUCCGCUCCUUCUUCAACACUCUCAAAACUAUGCUAGUCCCCGUCGAAUACCCUCCACCCGCACCUUCCGGAAACGAACCACCUCUCCGCACCGCAAUGUCCCCCUGUGACGAAGCAGGGCUAAUGGCAUAUAUCGGCGAAAUCAUCUUUGCCUCGUCCUCUGAGGAAACGGGCUUGGCCUGGACUCGCGAUGCAGUUGAUAUCGCCGAAAGCACCCUUCUCGAGCUCGAUGCAUCCACGCCACAAAACCGCUGCGCUGAUUGUCUUCGUGUUGGCUUGGAAAACUGGAAGACAAUGGUCUCUCAGCUCGUCAACAAGGCUCAGCAAGAAGAAGCGGAGACCAUUGAAAAGCGCAAGAACAAGGGUUCGUGGCUCGGCCCUUCGCAGAAGCAGAUUGAGACCAAGACGAAUGCGAGAAAGAGGUGGGAGGCCGAACAGUCAAUCUUGAACGAUCGGAUCACCAAGCUUCGUCCCAUAAUUGUGAUGGAUUCGGCAUUCGAAGGGCUCGUAUCGGGGGUUGGCUUGUUUGUAUAAGCAGCCUUCCGGGAGCCAUUUCUAGUCUUUGUUCUCACAAUCAAAGAGACAUGUGCUUCUAUGGAGUUCUGGCGGAGUUUAUACCAGUCGUAAUUGACUUACUUCUUAUACAUGAAUUGGGCUUCUGGGCUAGGGUAGUUGGCUGCAUGUGACUUUGUUUAUGUUCAAGUGUAUAUUAGUACUGAUGAACCCUUGAUCGGUAUCUCGAUCUCGCAACAGGAAUGUCUCGAUGCAUAUUACUUCGCAUUCAAAGUAGAGAUAGUAGGGCAAACCAACAGCAUUAGCCGCGCAUCAUGCGAAUACGCUCCAUAUGAUCUUGCCAAAGAUUAACUGGAGGAAUAGAAAUAGGUAACAAUUGGUAUGGAAAGCUGACGGGUGUAUAUACUUGAAACCUCCCACCGAGGAGAAACAAAAAAUCAGGUGCAGUGGGCACUUGUAAGAUAAUUAUGCACAUAAAAAGGAAUACAAAAAUGGGAAUCCAACAGCCGAGUCUGUAGGAUGAAGGGACGGGGAACUUGAGCUUGUUGAAGUCAAACUUUACUGUCUAAGCCUCACCGACCGUGUCGCCGUCAAAAUCAGUGAUCGUAAAGUCGUCGAAGUCCAGGGUAAAAUUGCCCAUCACACCCGAAGGGAUGAGGUCAACCACCAAGUUCCCACCCGUCGAGUUGGAGAAUCGUUUUAGAUGUUUCUCGAUGGACUCCGCUGAAAACAUAGCCGCGUUGAGUUCGCCAGUUUUCUGAAGGAUGUAUAGCACGGCAAUACGGGAGAAAUCAACAACCUCAGUACUGGUAGCGUCUGGAGUCGAGGUUGGUUGUGCAGUAGCUGUAGGUGUGGGAGAAGGUUCCGCUUCUUCCGCAUCUUCAGAACUCUCGGUGGUCGGGGGUGGCGUGGAUUCAACAAGAAUACCGUUGAUCGUAGCAACAGACCUUGGAGCGAGAAUUGAAGUGGUGGGAACAUGCCUGAAUGCAGAGACAAGCGAAUCCCCAUCGUCGAAUGCUUGAGGAUCCAGAGGGACAGAGCGGCGUUCGUUGCUGUUGGACGAUAGGCCAGUGAAAGACACUAGCGCAUUUUCAGUCGUGCACGAGACGUUGUUUUGGCUAAAUAGAGCCAUGAUAGUAACAGGAUCCAAUGGAAUGCUAAAGUUACUCUGUGAGUCCUGGAAUAGACGUGGAAGGUCAUCUCCGACAGUCGCAUUCCUCGAUGCUGAGCCUUGAGUAAUUUCAGUAGUGACACAACUUGCAUCACCUUCGUUCGUACAGCGCGAGCCAGUAUAGCCAUUGACGCAGACACAGGAGCAGACAUCACCACUCGAGACGCUUACACCGCCGUUUGAACAAGGAGAAGUCCUCGCGCAUGUUGUACUACUGCCGUCAUCACUCUUGUUUUCUCGAGGGACCACAACCAAGAAGAUAGGUAUAAGUACGGCGGCGGCGACAACAAGAAGCAGGAUGAUGCAGGCGGCAAUGAAUGCCCAUAAGGGCAUUCCGCAGCAACGGCGUCGUCGAACGCUGCCUUUCUCCCCUUGGAUUGCUUCUUGACCCCGUUCCUGGGAGUUCAGCUGGUGGAGUGUGGACCUCCUCCAGAAAAUAGGCCAAGAAGAGCGGCCCUCUGGCGUGGCAGCAGGGUUAGGGAACGAGGCUAGGAUGUCUUUGAUAGAGCCAGAUUUGCGAUUUGGGUCACCUGUAUCUCGUUAGCUUGAUCAACAGGCAGCGCGCCCUUU